AUGGGCCGCCCUAAGAACGAUGCGUCAUCGUCACACUCCCUCCAUUCCAUUGACGACGCGCCUCCUCCUUACACCGACGAUCCCGACCUCUUCGAGCCUUCCUUCGAGCCUCCCACGGGCGUCCAACCCCUCCGAUUGAUCGACUCAGCAUACGUUCUCCCCGGAUCCAAAGACAUUAGACCAGAUGAUAAAGUCGCUCUCACACUCGCACCGGAGUUAUCAACAGAUAGCGACCUGCUCUUCGAUGCGAUCAGCACUCAAAUAAAACUCCCACCGCGCCCCCUCUUCUACGUCAAAGGCACGCACUCGGAGUCUAGCACAAAUAAGAAGGACAAGAAUAGCAGCAAUGUCACAGAUUUCGACUUCCGACUCGAUCUGGCAGAGACCCUGUUGACCGGAUGGGAAGAUGGACGCGCGGAAUUCAACUGGAUGAGAGUGGAGGUUAUCAAUGACGAGGACCAGAAGUCUGCGUUCCGAGGUGGCAUCCUUCGGUCGCGCACAUUUAAAGCCCCCAAGACCGGCCCAGUCCAUCUGUCAGAAGACAGCGAUGCAUUGCUGGGUCAAGAGCGCGCAGGCGAUCAGCAAGACCGAUCGAUCGCGGCCAAGAGCCUCAAGCUAUGGUGCAAGCGGUUCUGCGAAGACCCAGCACCUGUGAAAUCAUUCACCCUUCACCGCGAACUAGCAGGCUUUGACGCGAACGCCUUGCGCAACGUUUUCUCCUCCCACAUCUGCGAGCUCAACUACCGCGGCACAGUCAACUACAACCUCACAAUCGCACACCGCUCCGUGACAAUCUACUCGCCACACUGGAUCAACCGAUUACGCGCGAACCGCUUCGUGUGGUGGGCAGUCGUCAUUCUGCAGCUGUGGAUCAUCACAUGGCCCAUAAUUUUCUUCAUGGAGAAGCGUUACGAGAUCGCCAACACGCGCUGGUUCUCGUCGCUGAUCCCCGAGUCUGAUUCUGCUGUGGACCGGUGCUACGCACGCGGCCGCAAUGAGUCCGCACUGGCUGAAUACUGGGCCCCGGCUGUUAAACAGGCUGCGUGGACUCGCAGGCAGGGCGGCGGCGAUGUCCUCACGCGAAUGGACGCGGAUCGUCUGCAGGGUUACACUACUCAGCAGGUGGUCGGUGCCCAGGCUCAAGAUUCCGAGCAUGAGCGUGAACGCCGUGAGCGUGUCAACAGUGGCCAGGCUGGGUUUGUUGAUAAUCUUGUUGGGCUGGCCAGAGGCAUUGGAGAGGUCAGACAGGAUUGGAGAAUGUCUAUGGGAUGGGGCGCUAAUACUUGA